AUGAAGAAACAAGAACCUCAUAAAGAUGCAGGUUUAAGCGAGAGACCGAGAAAACAAAGGAGUCGAACAUUUAACCGUCACGCAAAUCAACUUGCAGCAACACUGUCGCAAAAUUCAUCACUACAGCGAUCAGGGAAUGAAUCAGGGUCCAAUAAUCGACCUCCCCUGCUUACAAAUGCACGUCGUACUUCGCAAUUAGGAAUGAAUCAACUGCUGCAACAGCCUCAGCGUCUUUCUCAAGGCCUGCAACUGCUACUGCAACUGCAACUGCAACAGAGACAAGUACCGUCGAAUCUACCUCGACUGGCCCGCGUCGAGGAAGCAAUUGCAUUGAGCGAUGCUAAGCCAUUAACAUCCAGUUUUAUAAAACGAAACACUAGCUCGCUAUCGCCAGGAAAUUCUGAAGUUAAACCAAAACCAUUCGUGGUUGAAAUAGCCAAUAUUGGCCAAAGUACAUCACAACAGGAAAUUGAACAAUUACUACAGCAGACAGUCAGUGAUGAAAACUUUAAAAUUGUCAAACUUUUAACAACCAACCCAGCAAAAGUAAUUGUUCGGGUUGAAAGCUUAGGUGCUUGUAAUAAUAUAAUACAAGCCUUGAAUGGAGUAGAAUGGAAGGGCUCUACACUUUCUGUUUAUAUUAAUUUAGAGGCAACGGAAAAGACUUCAGCCCUUCCUGGUUCCGAUAAAGGCUCCACCGACUCAACAAAGCCAGAGUUCAAUCGAACAUAUAUCCCACCCCAAUAUCGUCAACCGUCACUACUGAGGAAAAGUAACUCAUCCUUUAGGUCUCAGAAGCUGACAGAUUCCUCCAUGUCGUCGUUUGACUCACGCCGAUCGAAUACUGCCGAUUCUAGAGCCAGUAGUCACGCAAGCUCAAUCUUUUCCAACUACGGUCACAGACACUCGAGUAACUUAUCCACAGUUUCAACCGACCUGGUGUCGGCCAAACAUCUGGUUCCGUCCUUUAUUAUGAAUAUGAUGCAGGGGAAUACUCUACCUGAGCCAACAGUUGAAGAAGAAGAGGGUGAAAUGAAUGAUUCAGAACAAGACAAAGAGCAAGCAGGUGAAGAGGAUCAUGUCGAGGCCUCGACAGAUGAAGAUUUAAUUGAAGUUCCAGCAGGAGAAGGAGAUAGUCCAGAGCAAUUGAUAAAAGUAAGCCCCACUCGCUUGUUUGUCGGUAAUGUUCCUUAUUCUUCAAAUUGGGCGUCAUUGAGAAAAUUCCUUAUAGAAAAGGCCAAUGAGAUUGAUCCCGAUAAUGGAAUAUCUAUACUCCGAGUUGAGAUCCCAAUUCUGCAAAUGACUCUAAAUGAGGGGCUAUUCUAUGGACAAGGCACAAUGCACCAACCUCAAGUUCUAUCUAGGAGCAGGGGUUUUGCCAUUGUGACCACAAAAGAUAGAGCAUCUUCACAAAAGCUUAUCGAGUUGUUGAAUGAUGUUGAGUUUGAAGGGCGGGCUUUAACUAUACGUUUUGACAAAUUUCCUCAAUUCAACAACUACACUGUACAACAACUUCAUCGAACUCCAUUAUACUCGAGACCAAUUCCAGGUACGUUUGGGAGACAGUAUGGCAAUUCUGAAUUACCAAUGCACAAUCGUGCUCCGCCUCAACUGGGGUACCCACAAAUGCCGCCAGUCCCAUUAGUACCACAACAAGCAACAAAUUUCAAUGCCCAACAGAAAUUUGUGUCGACCCCAUCUGGCCCUUCAUUGUUAAGUAAUUUAGCAUUCGAACGCAAUCUGCUCCAACAAAAGAUCUACUAUGGCAACCCCCAAAACCCACAAGCUGGUUAUUCAGCAGCCAAUCCUCCUACUGUUUUGCAGCCACCUCAAGCGCCACCGAAUUUCCCAAUGUCAUCAUCUAGUCCAAACCAGAAUGCGCCUACAUCGGGAUACUAUUUCAUGCCGUACUACUUCCAAGCUCCUCCUCUACCGGGAUCCAAUGUAUAUCAAUCUUAUGGAGUUCCACUUGGUGCGACUCCAGCUCCGGGUCCUGUCCCGGCACCAAUUCCGUCGUCGCAAUAUUUUGACCCACCAAAUACUGUACAGCAGCAAGGCACAAAUCGAUCUAGUGGAAAUACUGGAACUGAUUGUGACCCAGAAGAGCAGCUUACAAGGGAAGUAUUUGGAAACUUAUCACUUAAUGAUAGUUAA